AUGCCGGCAUCGCCCGUGCUGCCUUCGCGGCUGCAGUCGACACUCUCGACGCUGCUCUUGCUCGGCCUCUCGCUCCUCCUCGCGCCCGCCUCUUUCGCCGUCGCCGCCUUCUUCUCCCUCACCCACCCUUCUUCCACCUCGCGCAGCAAGCGGCAGCAUCGAGGACGGGCCAUCCAAGGCCGACGCCCAAAGACCGUGCUGAUCAAUGGCGCGCGCAUGCAAAAGUCGCUCGCCGCCUGUCGCGCCUUUGGGCGCCAGGGCUGGAGGGUCGUACUGGUCGAGGAGCGCGGCUGGGGCAAUCUCGCCUCGGCCCGCUUCUCCAACUCGGUCUCGGCAUUCCACCUCAUCGCCCCUUCCUCGCUGCCUGCCAGGGACGGCGGAAAGCGGACGCCCUACAUCGAGGCGCUCCUCGAUGUCGCCAGGCGCGAGGACGUCGACCUCUUCUUCCCCUGCUCCGGUGCAGGGUCGACGGGGCAGGACGCCGAAUUCGCCGACCUCCUCCUCACCGAGACCGGCGGCAAGGUGCGAAGCAUCAUCCAGUCGCCCGAGCUCGUCGAGACACUUCACGAAAAGGACAAGUUCAUCACGCUCCUCGACCAGCUCGAGCUGCCCGCGCCGCGCUCCGACAUCGUCUACUCGGUCAAAGAGGCACUCGACACGCUGCGCCAGCCGGGCUACCCGCUGUGCAUCCUCAAGUGCGCCGCCGAGCUCGACGACGUCGGACGCGCCGACCUUACGACCUACCCGCUCACCGACGCCAAGUCCGGCCGAGCCGACUGGGCGGCCACGGAGCGCCGCUUGAGCAACCUGCCCAUCCCGCUGUGCGACCAAACGCCCUACAUCCUGCAGGAGUUCAUCGGCGACCGCGACCCGGCGCAGCGGGCCAGCGAGUGGUGCACUCACGCCACCGUCAUCGACGGAGAGAUGACGGCUUUCGUGUGCUGCCCCAGCAACGACAUGCUCAUGACCUACCACCCCGCCGGCAACACCCACAUCGGCCGUCUGGCCCUCGAGUGGACCCACUCGUUCCUCGAACGCCUGCGCGCCCUCUCGGAACGGGAUGGGUCCGAGUGGCCCCGACACCGCCUGCUGGGCAGGGACGCGCCCGAGCAGGCCGGCAUCACGGGCGCCUUCUCGAUGGAUUUCAUCUACCAGCCCGCCACGGCUGACGGCAGCUCGCCCGAGCGGCUGGUCGCCAUCGAGUGCAACCCGCGCGUCCACACGGCCAUCUGCCUCUUGUCCGGGUACAGCCACCUCGCCGAUGCCCUAACCCCGUCGAGCCUGCGCAGCUCCGAGGUCGUCCACCGCUUCCCGGUAAUGGAGCAGGCACCUGCCCGCGACGUCGAUUUGUUCGCAUCGUCGUCAUCGCCCCGUCGACCUGCUGGCCUGGGCGAGCGCUUCGGACGAGCCAAGAACCUCAUCCAGCUGGCGUACGCGGAUCGCUCCAAUCUGUCCAAGAGCUGGAUCGGCCACGACCUGCCCGCGCGCAUCCUCCCCGCCCUGUUGCCGCGCUGGGUCGACAGUCUGACGAGCCGGGUCCACCCGCUGUGGCGUCCCUACGCCGCGCUCGCCCUCAAGGACCAGAAGUCGCUCGUCGCCAUCCCCGCCGCGGCCGAAGACGGCGAGCCGACCAAGGCCCCGCGCAGCACCGUCUUUGACCUCGACAUGCCCGCCGUCAUCCCGCCCCUGACGGACCCCAGCUUCGCAAAGGACGACCCGUGGCCCUACUUUGCCCUCUACCACCUCCAGUGGCCCCAGCUCCUCCUCUGGCAGCUCCUCGUGCGGCGCAACAAGUGGAGCAGGAUCAACGUCAGCACCGCUCGCAUCUUUGAGUGCUGA